CGACGCACCGCGAACGUGCCGACGUCCGUCACAGAUUACAUCCGCGGUGAAAGUUUUGACAGUAGAACUAUCUGAAGUCGCAAGUUGAACAGCAAAUAGCUUUGAAAAUAGAAAUGGCAGUGCAGGUGUUAAGAAAGUAGAAUUAAAAGAUAUUUUAAAUAUAUUAAUAGUGAAUGAAGAAAAAGGUGUCUCGUGAUAAAAUUUCAAUUGUAUUUGUAAGAUUUUCGAUUGUAGGUACCUACUACCUAGACUUCGUAUGCAUGUAAGACAUGCAUUUGAUUUUUAAAGGAAAUAUUCGUCACGGUAUAAUAAUUGUAAAAAAAUAUUUUCACAAACCCUAGAUAAUCGUAUAUUAUAAGAGAGAAACAUAUUCUUAGGUACUUAUCGAAGAAAAAAUACAUUGAGUAAAAAAAAUCCAACGCUUAAGGUUACAAAACAAAAAAAACAUAAAUAAAGAAAUCAAAAGGAAACAAAUAACGCAAAUGUUGACCAAGAUCCAGAGUCUGGAAUCGUAAAAGAAUAAUAGCAAUAAGAAAGUAAGUAAGAAGGGCAAUAGAGAAGGAAGAAGGGACAGAAGCUAACCUAACCUUAUUCGAUUUAUAACGAUCGUAGAUCUAUCCCGGUAAUAGAUAAGAAAGUAAAGAAGAGGAGUAAGAAAGGGCAGUAGGAGAAGCGAGAGAAGCAGUGAGAGUGUCGGGGCAUGUAAGUGGCAGUGCCAUGAUGCUGGGCGGGAUGGACGGCAAGGAGUACGGGGCGCUGCACGCCGCGGCCGCCGCUGCCGGAUACGCUAUGGAAGCAGACCCCAAUGCGAGCGCGAUGGGCAACCCAGGCAUGGGUGGCGGCGCGCAGCAGUACGGGGAGGUGAACCAGCUGGGCGGCGUGUUCGUGAACGGCAGGCCGCUGCCCAACGCCGUCCGACUGAGGAUCGUGGAGCUGGCGCAGUUGGGCAUCAGGCCCUGUGACAUAAGCCGACAACUCCGGGUAUCUCACGGCUGCGUGUCCAAGAUCUUGGCACGGUACCACGAGACUGGCUCCAUACUUCCUGGCGCCAUCGGUGGCUCCAAACCUCGAGUCACCACUCCCAAGGUGGUGUCAUACAUCAAGCAGCUGAAAGCCAAGGAUCCCGGCAUCUUCGCGUGGGAGAUCCGCGACCGGCUGCUGGCGGACGGCGUGUGCGACAAGUACAACGUGCCGUCCGUGUCCAGCAUCAGCCGCAUCCUGCGCAACAAGCUGGGCGGCGCGCUGUACCCCGUGCCGCCGCUCUACCCCGUGCCGCCGCAGCGCUGCUGGCCGCUGCACCAGCCCUACGACUACUACGUGUAUCUGCAGGGUCGGCAGCACGCAGCCAGCGCGCAGCACCUGCCGCACGCGCACGUGCCCCCUCCCCCCCACCACGCGCACGCACACGCGCUCUGACACCCGCACGCGGCGCCCGCGCACCCGCACGCGGCGCACCCACAGCCGCACCCGCACCCACAGCCGCCGUGAAGCGCCGCAAGUGCAAUAGCUACAGCAAGAGAUGAAGAAACGUGUUGACAAUAAAGUGGUGUGUAAUCAGUGUUAUGUAAAAUGCUCACGGACGUUAAUACUUCUAAUGCUCGGUCCACACAUCAACGAAAAAACUACCAACGAACUGUGCACUAUUUUAUCGAAUGUGUAUACGAAAUUUGGCACAGUUUUUAUUUAUGAGCCAUGCUAUGGGUACGGGACGUUUGAUGGAAUGGAGUCCGCAGUCCAUAUAAUGUUCUCGUUGCAGUGUGGACCGGGCGUAAGACUAAGUAUUACGAUUACAUAGUUUGUUUUACAUGUGUAAUUUAUUCUAUGAAGAUUUCAAAAUGUGUGUCUGAAUGUCGAAUAUUGUACCUAGAUUAAACUUGUGUUGCUUUGAGGGUGGAGCCCAUGGUUGAAUAAGCUCAUGAAUCUUGCAUUGCCAUAUCAAGGCAGCAAGGUUUAUCUUUUGGGCCAAAUAAUCAACAGGAAUUGGUUUUAGAACGGAUUACCUACUAUAUAGGUAUCAUACCGAUACGAUAUAGAGGCCUUAGAUAUGACUGACUCUUGAGUAAUUGUCUAAAUCUCAUAAUGCAGCACCCGCAAAAUAAACCAAUUUCUUGUAUCAUGCCCGAUAAAUAUGCCAAUGUGUGUACCUACUCGUAAGCUGUGAUAGCCCAGUGAAUGUGACCUCUUCCUUCGACUUGGAGGGCGUAGGUUCGAAUCCGGGUCGAGGCAUGCACCUCCAAUUUAGUUAUGUGCAUUAAAAAAAUAUAUCACUCGUCUCAUACGCUGAAGAUGAAAUAACAUCGUGAGGAAACUUGCAUACUAACCUGAGAAUUUUAUUAAUUCACUACGUGUGUCAAGUCUGCCAAUCCGUAUUUGGCCAGCGCGGUGGACUAAAGACCCCUCUCAUUCUGAGAGGAGACUUUUGCUCAACAGUGAGCCGAAUAUGGGUAGUUAACGAUUAUGUACUUCAGUAUGGAAUAUUUCCCCAUUUUCGAUGUCGACUGAAAACAUGUCGAACAACAACAUUAACUGAUUUAACCAUAAAUGUUAACGUAACGCUUAUCAGUCGGUGAUAAGAAAUCAUUUCAUUUCAAAUUUUAUUGUGCACGAGUGUGAGUAGGUACCGACUUUACGCAAGCAUAAUUAAAUCAACAGUAAAAAAAACUACGUUGCGUUAAUAUUUUAUACAGGGCCGGAUCUAGGGGGGGCAACCAAGACACUUGCCCUGGCAGGCUUUUUAAGAGGGCGUCAAAAUCGUUAUAAUGAGUAGCUACAAAAUUUUUGGAAAAUACCAACCAAUUGUGAGUUUUCAACGUUAAAAAUACAAGAACCCUUAAAGCUUGACAAGUUCGUUGUUGACACUCCCAUGAUAUGCAGGCGACGGGGGGAUGCGCGGGUGAAAAGUCGUGCGCGCGGGCAGAGGGAAGGACUGCGUGGGUAUGAAGUCGUGCGCGCGGGGCAUCGCUACCCCUCCCGGUUCGUGCGGACCAUCGGGAGUGCUACGAACGAAUAUACCAAGCUAUAGAAAUGAAAUCUCUGCCUCUGAAAAAAUUAAAAUUAAUAUACAUAUUUAAGAGUGUAAUAGAAAUUGUGAGUAGAUAUUAUUAUGUAUAGUGUUUAAUGAAUGUAGCCAUACAGUGUAUAUAAAUAUAUGACGUUAUUAUAUGAUAGUAUAUUUUAAGUUAUUAUUUACUUGUGAAGAGACAAUUAUGGGUACUUAUCUUAGUUGUAAUAGCAACAAAUUGUAAUAUAAGAUUAAAACAGUCCGCAUCAAGUAUGUUUGUCGCUGAAGUUUCCAGUGCCGGCGCCAGGCAAAAAAUCACUAUGCAAAGCACCUUUCGCUUUGCAAUCAAUUAGUAAAUACAAAAAAAUCUUUGAUCUCACUUGUGGUAGCACUAUUAUUAGUUAUAUUAAAAACAAAAAAAAAGUUUAAAAUAUUUAUAUUUUAAACUUUCUUUGUGUUGCUUGACAACUAUGCAACAAGUAAUUGAACUUUGAAAUUAAUAAGCAAAUUCAUCGGCUCCUGAUGUGGCCGGUGUCUGUGGUCUACUUAAUUCAAAUCAAAUCAUUCUUUAUUUUGCCAGAAUUAAAAGUUAUUGCAAAAUAAAGCACUCUGUAAAGCAAGGUUAAAGGAGCUCAAAGUGGGGUACGCGGUUCCCAUUAGUUAGGGGUUCGGUGUCACUUGGAAAUUUUAACAGGGGUUCGUAGAGCCGAAACUUUGAGAAACCCUGCUGUAGAGAAUCAAAAAUAAUAAUUACACCUCAAAAUUAUCGCCAACGAUGUCAAUGUGCACGCGAAGUAAACUUCAGAACUGCAAAGUUACUCGAUGCGUACUGUAUAGUAAGAAUAAUUAAUUAACUCUAUAAGUAUGUAUUUUUACUUGUCACUUCAACACUACGCAUCUACAGUGUCUAUGAAGUGAAAGUAAACGCACUCGGUUCAAAAUGUGCUCAAGACAAGCGCAGUUUAGCGCACAUGUUUUGUGUUCAGAAGAAUACUCGAACUUUGAUGCGUCAAUAGUUCCACGGCACAGGGGCGGACUCUAUACCGAGAGGGGGGUUGGUUCCUCCCCAUUGAACUAUUGUCGUACCUAUUCCUAACAGUCUUUCUGAUAAAAGGAGAGGAAAGGGAAAUUUGGUCAUUUUAAAUAGACAUCCUUGAAAAAAUUGGUAUUGUAGUGUUGAGGUGGUAGAUAAAAUAAUAUUUAAUUUGAUUGUAUAUAUGUAUAUCUGAAAUUCUGAUGUGAAAAGUACUAGAAGAAGUGAUGUCAUUUUCUCUGUUAGGGCAGGGUCACACAAAUGCGUUCAAACUGACAGUUCAUUGUGUGUAAUUCUUGCGUCCGACUGAUUAAUAAAAUAUUGUAAGACUUGUAGUUAUGGCUGUUAUUUUUAAUACAACGCAAAGUUAUACUAAGCCACACAAUAAAAAUGUAAUAUUUAUUGUAAUAUUAUUUUUUUGUAAUAAAUAGGUAGGUAGUUUCAGUCAUGAGAACAUGAUUUUCUCUUUUAUUUUCAAACUUGCGUUGACCCAUCGCAGCGUGUGCUAUACUGGGUUUAACUUGAACGCAACUGUCGACGCAUCAGUGUGGCCGAGCCCUAAGAGUCCAUGGACACAAAAAAGCUGACGCAAUUUUACAAAAGACCAGUGCCUUUAUGUUAUGGUCCAAACUAUUAGUAGGUAUGUAAUUAUAAUUAACUAAAUGAAUGUUUAUAUUACAAAUCAUACAAGAUAUCUUUCUACUGCUACAAUUAAAAUAAAUUGGUUUUAUUUAUAUUUA